AUGGGCUUUACCAAAGUUGCACUCGUCGGCGCCAGCGGCCUUCUCGGACAAUCCAUUCUUCGCCAUUUACAAACGUGCACUACCUCCAACUUUGAAAUAACCAUCCUUCGCCGCCUCGAUGCUGGAGACAAAGCGGUAGCACAGCUCGACAGCAACGUGCAUGUCAAGUCCAUAGAGUACUACAAUCACGACAUGCUAGUCGAUGCCCUCCGUGGCACCGAGGUGAUUGUAUCUGCUCUCAACGUAGCUGCUGCAAUCCAGAUAGACCCGCUACUACUCGACGCUGGCCGCGAAGCCGGCGUCAAAAGGAUCUUCCCGUCUGAAUACACUCUGGAUAUCCUGCACGAGGCGGCUGAGACGUUCAUGGGCGAGUCUGAUGCGCGCGUACGACAUGCGAGACAGUUUUCCUCGUUGUUAGCCACCGACUCUAUCUCCGCGACGACGAUGGUCUCGGGCAUGUUUGUGGAUUUUGCGCUCAGGGGCCAUCAUGGCAAUUACAAUCCUAGGAAGUUUGAGGCAACUCUUUUUGAUGGUGGCAAUGUUCCGGCAACGGGAUGCUCGUCUGAUUUCAUCGCGGCUUGUGUUGUUGCAGCGCUGCAAAUGGCAGAAGAUCAGACCAGAAACAAACGGAUUCACAUUGCCGAAGUCAAGUAUACUGGUCGUCAGAUUCUGGAGGCCCUGGAGUUAGAGGCUGGCAGCAAAUUCACGGUGACUCAGGUCCCUUCUAGUCAGUUGCAGGAGAAGCUAGUUCUAGCUAAGGAGCAGGGGCUCGUCAGAGAAAGAUUCAUCCUCCCGGUUAUGAUUCUGAACUUUGCGGCUGUCGAUGAGAAUGGCAAGCCGUAUGGUGCAGGGCUUCUAGAGGACGGACUGCGAUGGGAUGGAGGGGGUUUCUUGCAUCAGAAGAGGAAGACUCUGGCAGAACUUGCCCAUGAAGCGUUGUGUGCUUAA